AGUGCUGGGCAGGAUUGUUGUGUCCCUGCAGCUCAAAGAGGGUGCAAUUAGGGGAGAAGCUGAGGCUCCAGGAACAAAGGAACAAGCAGAGUGGGAAAGUAGGAAGUCAGAGCAGGAAGACAGCAGAGCCGUGCGUGUGGCGGGCCUGCCGGGAACCGGGUAUAAAUGCAGCUCGGGGUGGAGGCCCAGACCUCACCAGCACCUCCUGCCAGCCACAGCCACCUCCUCUCCCUCGUCCGCCAUGUGCCACACCAGCUGUUCCCCGUGCUGCCAGCCGGCCUGCUGCGGGUCCAGCCCCUGCCAGGCUGCCUGCUGUGUGCCCGUGAGCUGCAAGCCUGUCCUGUGCCUGACCCCAUCGUGCCAGUCCUCGGGGUGCUGCCAGCCGUCGUGCCAGGCCUCCGUGUGUGUGCCCGUAUGCUGCAGGCCAGCCGUGUGCGUGGUGCCCUCCUGCCAGUCCUCGGGGUGCUGCCAGCCCUCCUGCCCCGCCCUCCUCUGCAACCCUGUCUGCUGUGGCAACUCCUCCUCCUGCUGCUGCUGACCUCCUCCUGCUGCGGCUGCUGAACUCCCAUCUCCGUGUCCACUCUCCGGGACAUGGGACAGGGGACCGCCACUAUGUACCUCCCGGGCCCAUGUGGUCCCGCAUUGUGGCAGACAGGAAUCCUACUGGACUGAGCUGCUGGACUCUGAGCUAGAACCCAGCAAGGGGCUCCAGAGCCUCCCUUUCCCUCUCCCAACGCAAAGGAUGCUCCUCUCCUUAGCAUCCGACCACUGCCCCAUGGGAGCCAAAUAAAUCCACUUUGCCAGUGCC